AUGGGCCAAUUUGCUUCAUUCUCACUUAAUUGGGAAAAAAAGAGGACAUGUGUGAUGGAAGAUGCGAGUCCCAGCGGUGGAAGAGGAGGUGGAGAUGGGUUUUUGAGUGGUGUUGAAUCAGGGGGGACUAGGGUGGUGGAGAGGAAGCAGCAGCCACUGCCAUCACCUGCUACUCCGUACCCUCCGACAUCAUCAAUUUCUUUCACUGGCAGUUAA